AGCCCAAGCGGAAGGGCUGCUGGCUGGACGACAUGAAGCGACGCAAGGCCGACGCCACUCGCUCCAAGGCCGUCGCCGCCAUCACCAGGGGCGCCAAGGCGCGCGCCGCCGCCACGGGCGGCGACGGCGGCGUAGACGCAGCGGCGACGGUGGCCGGGGGCGGGGGUGGCGCAGGCAAGGCGGCGGCGGCGGCGGCGGCGGCGGUGGCGGGGCCGGGGUCUCAUGUUGUGUUGUUCAAAUUCAAUGAGGGCUAUACCAAUGCGGUCAAGCGGCCGCUGCUGGUCAAGGAGUUGCUGGACCUUUGA